GCGGAGGGCUGGGCUCAUCCCUGUGCAGAGCCGGGCUCCGUGUCUCCUUCAAUGACUGUGUGGAGUGUCUCCAGCCAAGUGCACACCUUCUCCGGCUCAAGGAAUAACACGCAGCCCGAAGGUCCUGCUCACUGCCCUGGGCUCUGGAGCUUGAGAGGGAUCCAUCCAGAGAUCCACCGUGACACCAGAAUAGAUUUCCAGAAACAUAUUAGAAUUCUCUGAAACAUCCUCAGCCUCAGAGUCAGCCAAGAAAUCCGAUACUUUCCUGGAUCUCAUUGAAGACAAGUUUGUGGACCACUUUGCAGCAACUCUCUUCUUCUUCUUUCCUCCUGUAUCCUCUAGAAGGGAAUCUACCUGGAGUGGGCUAUGGUGACCAGGAGCAGAGCCCUAUGGACCUGAGAGCUGUGUAGGACAUGCCCCGCUAUGUUAGGCAGAUCUUGGGAUCUUUGAUGGAUCGCGAAGUUCUCAGUAUUACAGACAUUUCUCUGAACAUUCCAUGGUGGGGCAGAUCAUUGUCUGAUUGGAGGCAAUUGUAAAGUUUGCACCUCUUGCCCCCCUACCCCCGAGCUGUCUGCUUGCCCCUAAACACACACAUCAUUUCUGCGCUGGAUUUGGGCUUCCUACACGUAUUGGAUCUUUUAAUAUGUAAAUAUGGGUCUUUUAGCACCCGUCCUGCUAUGUGGAUUGUUAUGUCAGGUUUUUGGAUCCCGACUACGUCAGGAAGACUUUCCUCCAAGGAUAGUCGAACAUCCGUCAGAUGUGAUUGUUUCGAAGGGAGAGCCGACCACGUUGAACUGUAAAGCCGAAGGUAGACCAACGCCUACCAUUGAGUGGUACAAAGAUUUAGAGAGAGUUGAAACAGAUAAAGAUGACCCCCGCUCCCACCGAAUGUUGCUGCCCAGCGGAUCGUUAUUUUUUUUACGCAUUGUACAUGGACGCAGGAGUAAACCAGAUGAAGGAAGCUACGUGUGCGUUGCGAGGAAUUAUCUGGGAGAAGCUAUGAGUCGAAAUGCAUCACUGGAAGUAGCAUUGCUACGGGACGACUUUCGGCUGAACCCUACAGAUGUUGUUGUGGCAGCCGGUGAACCUGCAAUAUUAGAGUGUCAGCCACCUCGAGGACAUCCUGAGCCAACUAUCUACUGGAAGAAAGACAAAGUGCGAAUAGAUGACAAAGACGACAGAAUCAGCAUUCGAGGCGGGAAGCUGAUGAUUUCAAACACCAGGAAGAAUGAUGCCGGCAUGUACACUUGCGUUGGGACCAACAUGGUCGGAGAAAGAGACAGUGAUCCAGCAGAGCUCACCGUCUUCGAACGACCCACGUUCCUCAGAAGACCAAUUAAUCAGGUUGUUUUGGAGGAAGAGGCGGUUGAAUUCCGAUGUCAGGUCCAGGGAGACCCACAGCCGACUGUCCGAUGGAAAAAAGAUGAUGCUGAUUUACCUAGAGGAAGAUAUGACAUCAAAGACGACUACACCUUGCGAAUAAAGAAGGCGCUCAGUGCCGACGAAGGAACAUACACUUGUAUUUCUGAGAAUCGUGUUGGAAAAGUGGAAGCUUCAGCCACACUUACAGUAAGAGUUCGCCCUGUUGCACCGCCUCAAUUUGUUGUCCGGCCACGCGAUCAGAUAGUAGCUCAGGGUAGAACCGUCACAUUCCCUUGCGAAACGAAAGGAAAUCCUCAGCCAGCCGUGUUUUGGCAAAAAGAAGGAAGCCAGAACUUACUUUUCCCAAAUCAACCUCAGCAACCCAACAGCAGAUAUUCGGUGUCGCCGACUGGAGACUUAACCAUCGCAAAUAUCCAGCGUUCCGACUCCGGCUACUACAUUUGCCAGGCGCUGACUGUUGCCGGAAGCAUACUGGCAAAGGCCCAGCUGGAAGUUACUGACGUUUUAACAGACAGACCUCCGCCUAUAAUCCUACAAGGACCAGCCAAUCAGACCCUGGCGGUGGAUGGGACGGCACUCCUCAAGUGUAAAGCUACUGGAGAGCCGAUGCCAGUUAUCAGCUGGCUAAAAGAAGGAUUUAAUUUCAUGGGAAGGGAUACAAGACUGUCUAUACUAGAUCAAGGGACUCUACAAAUCAAAGGUCUAAAGACUACAGACACUGGAACGUAUACUUGCGUGGCAACAAGUUCAAGUGGAGAGACAACAUGGAGUUCACUUUUGGAAGUAACAGAAUCUGGUGGAGCGGUUGUCAGCAAGAAUUAUGAUCUAAAUGACCUACCAGGACCACCAUCAAAGCCUCAGGUUACCGAUGUAACAAAAAAUAGUGUUACUCUGUCAUGGCAGCCAGGAACGCCGGGGCUCCUGCCCGCAACUUCCUAUAUAAUCGAGGCGUUUAGUCAGUCUGUUAGCAAUAGUUGGCAAACUGUAGCGAAUCAUGUAAAGACCACGCUACAUACUGUGAAAGGACUUCGGCCAAACACAAUAUAUCUCUUUAUGGUGAGGGCUAUCAACGCCGAAGGCCUAAGCGAUCCAAGUCCAAUGUCAGAUCCAGUCAGGACACAAGAUAUAAGCCCACCUGUGCAAGGAGUAGACCAUCGGCAGGUUCAGAAGGAGCUGGGAGAUGUUAUUGUUCGCUUGCACAGCCCUGUUGUGUUAACACCAACUACCAUUCAGGUCACCUGGACGGUUGACCGUCAGUCUCAGUUCAUCCAAGGAUACAGGGUAAUGUACCGACAAACAUCAGGUCCGCAAACUCCAUCUGUAUGGCAGAACUUAGAAGUCAAAGUGCCGGCUGAGCGCACAGCUGUAAUAGCCAACCUGAAAAAAGGAGUUGCUUAUGAGAUUAAGGUCCGACCUUAUUUCAAUGAAUUCCAAGGGAUGGACAGUGAGCCGAAGUCGGCACGGACUACAGAAGAAGCCCCAAGUGCUCCACCACAGUCUGUUACGGUUCUGACGGUGGGGAGCAGUAAUAGCACAAGUAUUAGCGUCUCUUGGGAUCCUCCUCCUCCCGAUCACCAGAAUGGAAUAAUUCAGGAUUAUAAGAUCUGGUGCCUCGGUAACGAGACCCGAUUUCACAUCAACAAGACUGUAGAUUCGGCAAUUCGUUCCGUGGUGAUUGGCGGACUGUAUCCUGGUAUUCAGUACCGCGUCGAAGUUGCCGCAAGCACUAGCGCGGGUGUCGGAGUAAAAAGUGAUCCUCAGCACAUACUUAUAGGAAAUCGCAAUGAGGUUGUAAUCACCGAAAACAACAACAGCAUAACAGAGCAAAUCACCGACGUUGUUAAACAACCGGCCUUCAUAGCAGGAAUUGGAGGUGCCUGCUGGGUAAUUCUAAUGGGAUUUAGCAUUUGGCUUUAUUGGCGCAGAAAGAAGAGAAAGGGACUGAGUAAUUAUGCCGUCCAGUCCUUCACCUUUACCCCAGCAGUAACAUUCCAAAGAGGAGAUGGGGGCCUAAUGAGCAACGGGAGUCGUCCUGGACUUUUAAAUGCUGGUGACUCUAGCUAUCCUUGGCUUGCGGACUCCUGGCCUGCAUCCAGCAUGCCUGUAAAUAACAGUAACAAUGGACCGAAUGAUCUUGUUAAUUUCGGCUGUGGAGAUGUGAUGCCAGCCGUGCCAGGCCAAGGAGACAAAACGGCUACGAUGCUUUCGGAUGGAGCGAUUUACAGCAGUAUUGAUUUCACCACCAAAUCCAGCUUUAACUGCCCAGGACAAAUGACCCAAACCACGCCGUAUGCUACUACCCAGAUUCUGCAUUCCAACAGCAUUCAUGAGCUUGCCGUGGACUUACCUGAUCAGCAGUGGAAACCUCCUGCUCAGCAGAAAUCGGACCUCACCGGGAUAGGUUAUUGUCUUCCAGACCAAGGCAAAGGCACCAACGCCUUACUUUACAUACCCGACUAUCGAAUGGCUGAGGGAGUAUCAAAUAGAAUGCCACACAACCAGUCACAGGAUUUCAGCACCACCAGCUCACACAACAGCUCAGAGAGAAGUGGCAGCCUCUCAGGUGGAAAAGGUGGAAAAAAGAAGAAAAAUAAAAAUAGCACCAAGGGUCAGAAAAAUAAUGGAUCCAACUGGGCAAACGUUCCUCUCCCACCGCCGCCUAUCCAGCCGCUGCCAGGCACUGAAAUAGAACACUAUGGGUUAGAUCACCAGGAAGGAGGGUAUGACAGUGAUGGAUGGUGCCCACCAUUACCCGUCCAGACAUACUUACACCAAGGUUCCGACGAUGAGUUAGAAGAAGAUGACGACAGGGUUCCGACACCACCGGUCCGUGGGGUGGCUUCUUCUCCUGCAAUCUCAUUUGGGCAACAGUCCACGGCAACGCUAACACCAUCACCACGGGAAGAAAUGCAGCCCAUGCUUCAGGCUCACUUUGAUGAGUUAACAAGAGCCUACCAGUUCGAUAUUGCAAAACAGUCUUGGCAUUUGCAGGCCAAUAACCAGCCUCCUCUAGCUCCGGUUCCACCAAUGGGAUAUGUUUCUGGAGCAUUCAUUUCAGACUUAGAAAAAGAAGUCAAUGAUAACGAAGAAGAUGAUAUUGAAGAAGAAAUUAAAAGGCCCCAUCGAGGCUUAGAACACACUCCAGGCUCAAGUAUGGACAACUUGGACAGCUCAGUGACAGGUUCUAUGGUAAAUGGAUGGGGUUCUGCAUCUGACGAGGACCGUAAAUUUUCUAGUCAUAAAUCUAGUGUAGGUAGCUCGUCCGAUGAUUCCAUAUUUACAAGCGGCAGCUUUGCACAAUCAUUGGUUGCAGCAGCUGAUAAAGCGGGUUUUACGCUAAAUGGAACUAGCCUAUCGAGAGCAGGGAAAAUGCACUCUUUUUCACAGAGGCCCCGGCCUGCAAGUCCAUUUUCUACUGACAGUAACACAAGUUCAAUUGUGAAUCAGAGCCAAAGGCAACGGCCCACCAAGAAACAUAAGGGAGGUAGAAACGAGCAGCCUCCGGGACUCCGCAGAGAAGGAAUCACUGACGAUCUUCCGCCACCACCGGAUCCCCCACCUUGCCAAAAUAUGAGACAGCAAAUACCACAACAUCAACGUGGAGGUCCUACAGAAAGGAAAGGAAGUUCUCUUGAGAGGCACACAUCAAAUAUGGAUGACUCAAAGGCCUCAUUAGAUCGCCAUGCUAGAACAUCGUUAGAACGACAGCGCCAAACACAAGAAUGGAUUGGAUCCACGGAACGACAAAACAAGCAGGCGUUUGGAUCAGAAGAAGUUCUGAUGCCAUACAAUAAACCAAGUUUCCCUUCACCUGGAGGGCACAGUUCCUCAGGAACCGUUUCAUCGAAAGAGUCAACUGGACCUAGGAAAGGAGAUAUGCUGAGAGGCCACCAGCGUAACGCCAUCGAUUUCCUUGAUGUAGGAUAUUUGGGGCCAAACAGCCAAGGACAGUAUACAGGUGAAUUAUAGUACUGAAGAGAUGCAUCCAAAAGCUGCUCCAGAGGCCACCGGGUCUGGACUGGUGAAAGUAAAAACAGUGCAAUGAACAUUUUCGUUAUUUAUCUUUGAUUGGAAAGACUGUAAAUGCAAUGUAAAGACACAAAAUCACGCAUAUCCCACAGACAUUUUACUUUUUCUUCUCUUAAAUACACCAUCCACCUUAACUAUUUCAUGCCAGGAGUACACACACACAAAAAAAGAAGAAAAAAAAAAACAAAAAAAAGGAAAAAUCACCAUCAACGCUGAUGAAAAGAGCAUUUUGCUUUGUACAUAGUUCCUUUGGUUGCAUUGCUAUGCAAGCUUGGUCUCUUUUAUCUCUGUUCAUAUUAUCGUCUGUUCUUAUUGUUCGAUUGUAUUAUACUGUAUGUGAACUAAUAGGCUGUGGUGCCAUAUAAAAAAAACAAAAACAUAAAUUGUUUAGCUGUGUAACAUUCAUGUUUUCAAUUUUUGCACUGCAAUUUUUAUUUGACGAUAAGCACAAAUCCGACUUCCUUGUGAAAUGAAGAAAAAAGACACUGAAUGUGAAGGGAGUUCUCUGCUGUAGAAUGCUCUAGGAUACGGAGGAUAGCGUGGCAGAACGGCUUCAGAAGGACUUCCGCAGAAAGAAUAAGCUCAAAAUCUGAUUCUGGCUAAUUGUUUUGGAAAAGGAUCUAUUAAUAAGCAAUAUGUUUGUUUUUGCUUUCAAUAUGGUAAAAAAUGUCAUUGUAAGUUAUAUGAGAGUAUGAUUAUGAAUACUUGUAUUCACAUGUGUGCAUUGCUGUGUAUGUAUAUAUAUAUAUAUAUAUAUAUAUAUAUAUAUAUCACAGGUGAACACACACACAUAUAUUAUAUAUAUGCACACAUAUACAUAUAGCCACAUCAUUGGUUCAUAUUUAGCACCCCAAUAACAUUUUUUUUUUAAAUCGAAUCACUGCAAGAAAAUGUGGGAUGAGCCAUGAAGAUCCGAAAAAAGAUCACCUUUCCGUGUUCCGAAAUUGGUUAAAGUGCAUUAACGUGCGUACCGGUACUGUUAACUGUCCAUUAAAAACAAAGAACUCUACCAAUUUUACAUUUAUUAGAUGAUUAUAUGUGGGGGGGGGAACAUUUGAAAUCUUUCAGACUAAGAGAGGCUUGUGUCAUAUUGAAAAGCUUUUUGUUUUAUCCUCUUGUGCAAAAAAAAACAAAAAAAAAACCACGUAAUUGAAAGAUGGAAAAAAAAUGCAAAAUAAAAAAAAAAUUAAAGAUUUUCUACUCAACCAUGUGAUAUUACUAAAUAUAUUUCAGUUUUAAUGAUGAAAAGUGGCUGUUAAUAUAUUGGUGUUGGUUUUAUAAUGCCAUGCAGAGAAAAAUGUUUCCUUAGUUUCUUCAAGGCCCGGGGGUCCAGAAAGAGAUUAAUGUACUUAAUGUACUGUAUAGCAGAAGAAAGUCGGAUGCUACGUAUGAAAUUCUAAAAAUAACAUUUCUGUUGUUAAAUUGGCUUUCGGGAAGUAAUUUGACACGCACAUUUCUCAGUCUGAGUGUCGAGAUACAUUGCAUGUACCGUGCAAGUGAUGAAAUAGAUCAAUAUAGGGGCCUUGGGAGGAGUUAUAGAAUGUUCACAAGUAAUAUGGAUUAUGAGACAGUAUAUCACAGGACAUCAUUCUCUCCCUUAUAGGCCUCACACAUCAAUACUCUUCCACUAAUGUGAUGUUUGCUUUGAAAACCAGAUGCCGCGUUCAAAUACUUGAUGCCGUACAUUCCACUUCAACGCUGCCAUGGAUUCUGCGUAUGUUACUUUGGCAGCAGUUGAAGUUUUUAUUAAGAAACAAACCCUCUCUGUUUAAUACACGUUUUUCAUUUUGUUAAAAGCAAUGGUUCUGACUUAUUCUGUACAGAAAAAAAAAACCUGAUAAAAACGGAGGUUGUUUGCAACUCACUGCGUGUUCUACUUUUGCCUUUGGAAUAUGUUUGUGUCGGUAUUAAAACGGUGCCGUUUCAUUCCGUGCCCAGACUGUCUUUGCAAAUAUUGUGAAAACCACACUCUGUGUUUUCAUAUAUAUUAAAGGAUGUGACACCCCC